AUUGUUAUCUUCCUUCUUCCCACAUCCCAAUCGCUUCCUCCGCCGCCGUCGCCACCAGCAACCCACCCACGGCAAUGGCUACAGCGGCGGCGAUGAUACCUGCCGCCAUGGCGAUCAUGAUUCUACUGCUCAACCCAAUUAAUUCCGAUGCUCUUACAUCUUUCAAACCACUCAACAACGACACUUCCGCUGCCGGAAAGUACCUCAUCGGAGACCAAGACAUCGACUCAGAGUUCCUAAUGGAGUCGCACAUCAGCCGGAUCCUAGCAGGCUCCCAAAACUUCCAAACCAGCAACACUAACGACGCCAACAAAGCUUCUGGCGGCGGCUGCGGGCGCCCGCCGCGUUAUGACAGUUGCCUCGGCCAGAAAUCAAACAAUCCGCCGCCGGAAAAUUGUGGGACCUUCAACCGCAAUAAUCCCUGUUAGAAAAACGACAAUCCAUAGAUCACAAAGCUUAUAAUCUCUGAACAACAAUGUAAUGUCUCAAUUGUUUACCUCUUUCAUUUAAUUUCGAUUGUGUUCUUCAUGUA